CAGCUAAAUAUUUUCAUGCCACACAAUAUAUUUUGCUAAUAUAGUUGAAAAAUGUAGUCCCUCAGCCCUCUAGCAUUAUUCCCAGUACAAAAACAGUUCAGUCCCUUAAUUCAAAGAAAACCAAAAAACAAAAAAAGAAGGAAAAAAGGAGAUUAAAAAUGUGUGUCUGAUUUUGGUAAGAGGUGUGAAGGAACACUACAAAAACAUAUCACGAGUCAUUACAAGACAAAGCCAACCUCUUCUCUUCCCCCAUCUCACUCCUCCUCGUAGCUACAUAGCCUUCUCAUCUAUUUUCUACACCUCUCACUUUCUCUGCCACUCUUUUCUAUAAAAUAAAAAUAAUAAAAUUCAGAGCCUUAUUUGCAAAAGCAAGCCCCUCAAAUUUCAGUGCAUUUUUCUCUGCUUGCUUUUCCCAACCAUGGUUCUUAAGCAGUCCUUGAAGUUUGUUCUUGCCCUCUCUUUUCUUGUCCUCUACUUUGAUUCCAUCCAUGUAAAUGCCCUUAACAUUGGUGUUCAAGCCACAGAUGCCUCUAUUGUUCUGAGUAAGGAUUGCAGUAGACAGUGUGAGUCAGAGUUCUGUACAGUGCCUCCAUUUUUAAGAUAUGGAAAGUAUUGUGGACUCUUGUACAGCGGAUGUCCAGGGGAGGAACCCUGUGAUGGCCUUGAUGAAUGUUGCAUGAAGCAUGAUGCCUGCGUUCAAUCUAAGAACAAUGAUUAUCUAAGCUCAGAGUGCAGCCAACAGUUCCUAAAUUGCAUGGCCGAAUUCAGAAACUCAAAAGGGAAAACGUUUAAUGGGAACACAUGUCACGUUCAAGAUGUUGUUGAAGUUAUAACUCUUGUCAUGGAAGCUGCAUUAGUUGCUGGAAGAUAUCUUCAUAAGCCUUGACACAGAGAGAUAACGAGAGAGAGAGCUUGCAGCUCUUCUCUCUUCUUAUUGUUUCUGAAGUCUUUUUUUUUUCUUUCUUUUUUCAUGUUCUUUCUUCUUGCAUAGGUGGACAGCACAUGCCCUUAUGCCUUUACUUAAAAUUUUCACAAAAAUUUCAUUGCACAAUUCUCUCACCGAAACCAGCAUAUUUUUCAUUCCUUGUGUCUUUGCUUCAGGGGAGGGGGGAAAAUGAUUGAAAUGGGAAGAAGUGAAGAUUGUAAAUUUCAUUUGAUACUUCAAUUUUGUAGAUUUUCAAGUUGAUAUGGUAUUUUAUCCCUCUCCCUUUACCUAUUGCAAA